CAAUUCUCCAUACCGUUUUGACACCUCGUGAUGUCGCCUUCGGUGGCCAAUUACAGAGCGGUGGACGCAGCGGAGCGCUGGCCUCAUUCCAGCAUGGGCAGAGCAGACGAUGCAAGUCGCAGUAAACGGAAGUUGUGGCUUCGUCUUGGCGCUUUCGCCUUGUUAUUGGCUACGACCGUGUCGCUACUGUCAACUCUACCUGUACGGGAGUAUAUGGAGACCACUAGUGCUUGGGUGGAGGAACACCUCGUUCUAGGCACUUUGUGCUUCAUUUUGGCCUUCUGGGUGGCUAUUCCGCUCUGUUUACCGGCUACAGCGCUGGAAAUGGUGGCCGGAUCACUGUUUGGCGUUCCACAUGCUGUAGUAGUGAUCACCGUGGGCAAGACGGGCGGGUCUACGCUCGCAUUCUUAAUGGGACGCUCCAUGGGCAAGGAAAUGAUCGGCGGCUACCUUCGUACCAAGUUCCCGACUUUCCGAGCGUUCUCUGAGGUGCUGAAUAGUCCGAGCUGGAAGCCUGUACUGCUGUAUCAGCUGUCCAGUAUCCCGAACCUUGUCAAGAUCUACAGUCUCGCUAUCACCCACGUGUCGGUGGAACGCUUCGUAGUGUCUUCGGCGGUGGGGAACCUCCCACACGCUGUAUUGUGGGCAUAUAUUGGCGAGCAGGCGACCGAUAUCGCUGCGAUUCUCUCGGGGGAGACCAAGAUUACCACAAGUCGCAUGGUCAUGGUGGUCUCGGGACUCUCGCUGACAGUGCUGGCCAUCACUUUCCUCGUUGUGUAUACCAAGCGGCAGCUACAGGAGUUACAGAAACGCGAGUGCCGUAGCAGCAGCGAAGAAGGGCUGCUGCUUUCCAUUGAGAUAGACGCCACAACUCCAAAUAGCGCCAAGAGCACGACGCAGAGCGUGCGUCCGUCCACACCCACACUUCAGGUCAGGGAUUGA